GUUGCGCGUCCCUCGUGAGACCGCCAAGAUGGUGGUGGGUGCGUUCCCUAUGGCGAAGCUGCUAUACUUGGGCAUCCGGCAGAUCAGCAAGCCGCUUGCCAACCGCAUUAAGGAGGGCGCCCGCCGAAGCGAGUUCUUCAAGACUUAUAUCUGCCUCCCGCCGGCUCAGCUGUACCACUGGGUGGAGAUGCGGACCAAGAUGCGCAUCAUGGGCUUCCGGGGCACAACCAUCAAGCCACUGAACGAGGAGGCGGCUGCCGAGCUGGGCGCCGAACUCCUGGGCGAGGCCAUCAUCUUCAUCGUGGGCGGCGGCUGCGUAGUGCUGGAGUACUGGCGCCACCAGGCGCAGCAGCGCCACAAGGAGGAGGAGCAGCGCACGGCCUGGGUCUCCAUGCAGGCCGAGGUGGGCCGCCUGGCGCUGGCGCUCGAGGCGUUGCAGACACAGGUGCAGGCGGCGCCGGCGCCAGGCGCCCUGGCGGAGCUGCAGGCGCAGAUGCAGGAGGUGCGCGCCCAGCUGCGCGCCCGGGAGGGGAACGCGCGGUCCACGCCCAAGACAGUGUCCGCGUCUGAGAAGUCGGAAGCUGCUGAAGCCUGAACUUGGAUGUGGCCAUGUGUGCCCUGGUGUGACCUUCCCGCAUUACCCCUGCCCGUGCUGGCCCAGGAAACCACUGAAAUCUUGAUGAACUUGGUCUUUGGUCACCCCCUACUGGCCAAUGGUACCUUCCACUGGGACUGUGAAGUGUUCCAGCAUAGCCCCCUCCAACCUGUACCUUAUUGGUACAGUCCACAGUGCUCGGCUCUCCACCCCUCAUGCCCAACCUCACGGACCUGCAAGGCCCCAGCCAGCUGGACAUCAUGCCCACUCUUCUGGCAGAAGGAAAAAAAAAUUGGAACCUGGACUUGAGCUGAAUCAACCUGUCAACCUCCCCAUUUACCUGAUCAGUGUUACCUUUCCCUGGGACACUCAUCCAUUACACUGAACACCCCCUUCUUCAGUUGGUACAGACCACUGUCAGGAAUGCAGCCUCUCUCCAUGGACUUCGUCCUCCUCACUUUCUGAGGUGGGCUGUAGCCGAGCAUCACCACGCUUUCGAGGGGGAAAGAAAGGAUCCUGACUUUGAAUUGAUCCACAGAAUACCUUUCCUUAAGCUGAUCUGUGCUACCUUCUCAGUCCCUAAGUGGAAUAUUCCAACAGAGCCCCUCAUCCUUCAGUCUCUGGCACAGCCCACUGGAAUGUGCUGGUCUCAGGCAGUGCCCUCCCAACUCCCUUACAUGGUGGAAGCAUUGAUUUGCCCAGGGUUCAUCCAACCUGUCUUUCCCCGUUUACCUGUCCUCAGAGUCCCUGGGCCUUUCCUACCAUCCCCCACUGUCUUCAGAGGCCUUCCUCAGGCAACUGCUGGCCAUGGGUCAGGCGACCACUUCCCCCAUGUUGCAUUUAAAUCCGUUGCUCUGUGGGCUCUUGCCCCCCUCCCCUGGGGCCGUGGACUGGUCCAGCAGUCCCUCUUCAUGCACUGGGACCGCCUGCCUCCCCAGCCCCGCGUGCCACCUCCCUCUCACUGGCUGGUCUUACCUUCUUCGGUAGUUUCCUAGAGCUGCCAGAGCAAAUGACCACAACUUGGUGGCUUAAAGCAACCAGAAUUUAUUCUCUCACAGUUCUAGAGGCCACAGGUCCAAAAUCGAGUGUCAGUAGGGCCGCGCUCCCUCCAACGGCUUGAGUGAAAGACCCUUCCUGUCUCCUCCAGCUUCUGGUGUCUCCAGGUGCUCCUGGGCUUGUGGCUGCCUAUCUCCAUUCUCUGCCUCUGUCUUCACGUGGCCUUCUUCUGUCUCUCAUAAAGACACCUGGCCAUUGGAUUUAGGCCCGCCCUAAGUCUACGAAAGACCCCUUUUCCAAAGAAGCUCAUUUCACAAGCUCCAUGGGUAAGGAUGUAGACAAAUCUUUUGGGGGGGGGGUAUCACCAUUCCACCCACUACACCUCCCCACCCCAAGUGCUGCCCACCCCGUGGGACACUGGGCUUUCCCCGCGUGGAGGAACGAUCCAGGAACCACCCUUCACCACUUGGCUUCUCUUCCAGACUCACCAGUCUGGGUUCUAUUUUUCAGACUGUAGAUGUUUCUUAAUUAAAGGAGCCCUGGGAUGAGGAAGUCAUCUCAAGGGUGUGUCUGAGAACCAUUUUAUGGAUCUCCAAAAUGGGUACAAAGCUUAUUAAAAUUAGGAGAGAAGCCCGGCCCGGUGUGGCUCAGUGGUUGAGCGU